GUGUCAUUAUGAAUUAUAUAAGAGAUGAAGGAAAACAUUUGCCAUCUUAAUUCCAAAUUCGAAGAGACACGAUGUUCAUGAUCUUAGUUAUUCUGGUGGUUCACGUUGAUGCGCGGUGCGGGGUGUCAGAGGGGGUAGUGCAGUGCCGGGACUGGAGGGAGUUUGAGCGCGGUAACUACCCCAUGGCCAAUUUCCUCAUCUUGGAGAGGGCAGUGGGAGAGAUCAACAUUGAGGGAUAUCCAGCACUGACCAGGCUGGUCAUCCACGAUCCACAAGCUAAUUGCGAUGACAUCACAACAAACCCCUGGACGACGGUCCGUAUAGGCUCCCUCACUUGUCAGAACGCCCAGCACAGCAGUGGGGUCAAAAACAUGGUUACAACAAUCAGACCAAUGAUGUGUGGUUAAGUUCCCGGGUCAUUAUGAUCGAUUCUACCCCUAGAGGGCCUAGAUUUCGCCAGGUAUGUUUUUAUCAUUUUGAUUUUUUUCUAAUUUCUAUUUUUGAAAUUGUAAAUAUUCUACGAUCAACAAAGAAAUGUAAUAUAUAAACCAUCGAUUAAACAACAAAUGUUAAUGAAUGACAAACACAUUCAUGAAAAUUAUGUUAAUAAAAAAAUGUAAAUAUGCAUUUUUUUGUAGGUGAGGAGACGAAUUAACUUCUCUUCGGAGGAUGGGGAUGGCGCAUGCGCAACCCGCACACCUGCAGCGUCCCCCCAAAUUCCUGCAGAUACGACCAUAACCGAGGAAAGUCUUCAGCAACGAGUGCUGAGACUCGAAGAAAGUUUGGAGGCGCUGCGAAAGGAGAUGGAAGGGAGGAGAAUCCUCCGGAAGUUGAAUGUUUGUAAUUUUUGCCAACAUUAAACUGUUUUAAAUUUCAACCUGUCUUUUUUUCAAUUCUGUUAACGGUUGAAACAGACUGUAACAAUGUACUCAAAAUUUACAAAAGAACCACUGACACAAUAAUACAAAGAUUACAAAUAAUUCAUUAUUUUAAGGAUGAUCUAACCAUGAUUAUCUAGAGGACCUGUUUUUUAAAAAAAGAACUUACGACUACGACCAAAUUUAAUUCUGCUAAUAACUUUUUUUGGUAUAUAUAUGUUUUUUUGUUAUAUGUUUUUUUUUUCUCGUAGUCGUAAAUUCUUUCUUUAGAAAAUACAGGCCUCAGUUUUUCCUUUGUUUUAUACAUCCUUAAGUUUUCUUGUCCCUUUCAUUACAAUAUAAUUUAUCUUUUCCAGACCAUAGCCGAAGAAAGUCUUCAGCAACGGGUGCUGAGACUUGAAGAAAGUUUGGAGGCGCUGCGAAAGGAGAUUGAAGGGAGGAGAAUCCUCCGGAAGUUGAAUGUUUGUAAUUUUUGCCAACAUUAAAAUGUUUUAAAUUUCAACCUGUCUUUUUUCAAUUCUGUUAACGGUUGAAACAGACUGUAACAAUGUACUCAAAAUUUACAAAAGAACCACUGACACAAUAACACAAAGAUAACAAAUAAUUCAUUAUUUUAAGGAUGAUCUAACCAUGAUUAUCUAGAGGACCUGUUUUUUAAAAAAAGAACUUACGACUACGACCAAAUUUAAUUCUGCUAAUAACUUUUUUUUGUAUAUAUAUAUUUUUUUGUUUUAUGUUUUUUUUUUGCUCGUAGUCGUAAUUUUUUUUUUAAGAAAAUACAGGCCUCAGUUUUUCCUUUGUUUAAUACAUCCUUAAGUUUCUUGUCCCUUUCAUUACAAUAUAAUUUAUCUUUUCCAGACCAUAGCCGAGGAAAGUCUUCAGCAACGGGUGCUGAGACUCGAAGAAAGUUUGGAGGCGCUGCGAAAGGAGAUGGAAUAUGUCUAUAUAUUUGAAUAAAAUCAUUUUUAUUAAAAAAUCAGAUUUGUUUCUCUUUUUUAAUACACUUUAUUACUCUGAAUAGUUUUAAUAUAUAAUUAGUAUUAUUGUUUACAUGAGAACAAGUGUGAUCAAGCUGUUACAAGAGUAUUUCGCCGAGAGUCACGAUUGUGUAAUAUACUCAAUACAAUUGAUAUUUCAAGGUUUAAUUAAAUAAAGUCAUCUGUUGUAAUCCGUUGGAAUGGUUUUUCCUUUAAAAAUGUCUACUUCAACAAUUCAUAUUUUCAUAAAGCAAAUGAAAUCAAAUAAAUAACGAAGAAACGUUGUUCAUACUUAUCAACUUCCUGCUACGCUCCUCCUUAAUUUCCCUCCUGGUCUACACUGAACCUCAAAUUUUUUGAACCUCAAAAAGUGGGGUAUAAUGUCCCCCUCUAUACUACUGAGAUAUGCACAAAAUGAUGUUGCUCUGUGAUGCUUUGCCAAGAUUAAAAGCAUGAGAGAGAGAGAGAGAGAGAGAGAGAGAGAGAGAGAGAGAUCUGAGGCACAUGUAGUAAAAAUUAUUACAUACAUUUGUCUUACUGUAAAAAUUGUUUACAAUGUAGAUGUGUUCUGCAUGUAAAGUUUACCUAAAAUGAAUCAAUAAAAUUCAAUAUAUAUAAAAGAUAACUAAUCUCAAAGAAUUUACAAUGUUCUGUGAAAUAAUCAAAUCUUGAGAAGAAUGUUUUAUAGAUAUCAGGGAACAUUAACUUAAAAUCUGAACUUAAAGUUCUUUUCAUCGUGCACUCUGUUUUACAUGCUCUUUCACAUGCGAUAAUCAUAUAUAAUGGCGAGCCAGACAAAAGUUCUAAUUUUAAUUAGACUGAAUAUUUACCAUGUCAAUAUAUUUAUUUAAUUAAGCACAAGCCUGUCUGAGUUCUUUAAUUCAUUAAUUAUUGGAGGCGAUAUGGUAAAGAUCUGCUAUAUUCAAAUAUUUAGGGUAAAGUUAUCAUCAUGCAAACAUGCACUCUAAUAACAACAUUCUACUCUUGUGUGCCUUUGGACCCCCACCCCUUUUAAUUGCACUGUUUUACAGUGUGUGGUGUGUUGUUCAAUACAAAAUAAAACAUACAUAUACAUAAUAAUAAAUAGAAAUUCAAAAGAGUAGUGUGCAAAACAUACACGUGAAAAUACAUUGGACAGAUAAUAUCGCGAGAUUUCUCAGACUCAAAUGCCCGCUUUUAUAUAGUUACACGUCAAAAGCGGAGGUUACAG